AUGGCCCCAACUACCACGGACGAGAUCGUGGCACAUCUCUUUGCCCGGCCCUUGCCACCCCUCGAGCCUGGCACCCAGAUCUACGACACCUCGAUUAUCAGCAGUAUAUCGGCUCUAGACGAACAUCGCUUCGUCAAAGCAGCUCUGCAUCUGGCGAACGAUGAUAUCAACCAUUGCCAUCUGAUUGCCCAGGAUAGUGAGGGAGACUCUGAUGCGGAUCUAUUACAUGCGACUCUGCAUAGAAGAGAAGGUGAUCAUUGGAACUCGAGAUACUGGUACUCCCGGGUCAGAAAACACCCGGUUAUCCCCGAUAUAUCAAAGGCCAAGGCGUUUGUCGACGCAUGUGAAAAGGUCAAGCCGGGCAAGGACACGGAGCUGAGAGAGCAGCAAUGGGAAGAACUGAAGAAGAUUGUUGAAUGGAUGAGGGAUAAUGCUCAAUGA